AUGGACACUCCCGACAAGGCGGGGAAGCAGAUCCCGCGUCCGAAGCGCACAUACCGAGCGUGCCAACCUUGUCGAGCACGCAAGCUCAAGUGCGACCUCGGCGAUCCCGACAACCCAUCCGACCCUCCUUGCCGUCGCUGUCGCCGCGAAUCCCGCGACUGUGUCUUUGUCGCACGCGCCAAUGCCAAAACCUACCUCGAACCUCUCCCUACCGGCUCACCAGCACCCUACACAACCGUCGUACCGACUCGACCAAAAGCCCGCAAGGCUGGUUCUUCGCCCGACGAGUCGACCUCGUCCACCCCAGGCGCUCCGCCCGCUCGUGCGGUCGCUCACCCGUAUGCGACGCCUCAUGUCGGCGGAUGGAGCGCCCCGCCGAAUCGAGCAGCGCACGCUGUUGCCUCGACCAGCACUUCCGGCGCUGCGACUCCCUCCCUUCCCUCCGUCAUGUCCUUCCCGCCCUUCCAUCACGGUCUUCCGCCUCAAUCGACGCCUCCCGUUGGCUACGACCCGAUGAAUCCGCACCUUCGUCAUCUGGCCGCAGCUCGAACAGCGAGCGGGACGUCGACGCCCGAACGCGUCGCUCAGCCUCUUCACGGAACGAGUGCUGUAGCGACAGUCUCGGACGAGGAAGGCGGAGUAACAGAUGGAGACGAGGACGAGGACGAGGACAUGGAGGACUUGAGCCACUCUCGCCGGGACUCGCACGAACCUGGCGGUCCUUCCGACGCCAACGUCCUCCUGUCGUCGACCCUACACAACCCUUCCGACGCACUCAAGCUCCUCGCCACGGCAUCGUCACUUCGCUCCCUGUCGGCAGAGACCGCCUUCACCGCUCCCGACUCCCGAAGCGCCGGUCCGUCUGGCAGCAACACUCGAAACGCCUCUCGCUCGCGCGAGCGACGAGCCUCGCGGUCUCGAGAACGUGCGGCAGUCGUUGCUGGAGCAGGACCAGGCUCGAUGACGCCCGGUAGCGGGAAGGGCAAGGAGCUGGAGCGCGGACGACCGGGCGCACCUUCGCCUCUCAGCCAGACAGAAGCAGGCUGGGACCGCUGGGUGCCCGUAAGAGAGGGCAUGGUGACGGUCGCUGAAGCCGAGGCCCUCCUCUCCUUCUUCGAACACCACAUGUCGCCUCUCUACCCUCUCCUCUCGCCUCGGAUCUUCACGCCCGCCCACCUUCGCUCCCUCACCUCGCGCGAAUCCCUCCUCCUCGCGGCGAUGAUCACCAUAUCGGCUCGCUACUCGUCCCUCCCUUCCGGCCCGCGCGCUCGGUUGAUUCACGAAGCGCUCGCCGAAUACUGCCGCGACGAACUCGUCGGCAUCCUCGACGGGAGCGGCGAGUUGAGGCAUAUCUCGAGCGUCGAGGCGCUGCUGUUGUUGACGGAGUGGCCGCCCAUCACGGUCGGGCGAUCGCAGAAGACGAGGGAGAGGCCGAGGGGGAGGAAGAGGCGGAGUUGGGCGCAUUCGGGAAGUAUUGCGACGGUCGAGGAGGUCGAGGAGCAGGAGGAGGAUGAGGGCGUCGAGGACGCGGAGGCACUCUUGCGCUCGAGUGCGCAGUACGACGGGAUGAGCUGGAGCUUCAUCGGCUGCGCCGUCCGCCUCGCGCAGGAACUCGGCAUCCACAACAUCUACUUCGGGUCGGAGAAGGAGCGAGGACCGAUCACUUGGGAGGAAGAGCGCUGCUUGCGGACGUGGAUCUACUGCUACAACGCCGACCGGCACGUCUCGGUGCGACUCGGCAGGAACGCUGUCAUUCAAGCCUACAUGUCGUCUUCGUGGUGGGAGCAGGUGACGAGCCACGCCAGUCAGGGAGUUCGGCGGGAAGGGCUCAGCGAGCUGUGGGCGGAGCGGUCUCUUCCUCAAGGCCUGAUCGCUGCCCUCAUGGGGACGAUACAGGAGCGACUGUACCCGAACAAGGAGAUCACGCGCUCUAUGCUGCGAACCGGCCAGUGGGAGUCGUUCGUCCGCUCGCUUGACCACGAGUUGCAGAUGAUGCUCUUGAAGUCGCGGACCGUCCUUCAGCAAGGAAACAUCGAAUCGACGCUUUUGCAAAUGGAGUUCGAAUACGUCCGGCUGUACGGCAACGCGAUCGCCCUGCGCGCUCUGCAAGAACGCCUCCGCCGAGCAGUCAAGGCGAACGACCUCCUCUUCGUCUCGCCGUCGCUGCUCAACCUGCAGGAGGGACAGUGGGUGCUCGAUGCGCUCGCAGCGGCGCAGUCGAUUCUUGACCGGACGGUCAACUUCCUCGUCCCGAAAGGCUACCUCCGCCUGGCGCCGUCUCGCCUGCACCAGCGCAUCCUCUUCGCCGCUACCUUCCUCUUCAAGGCGCUCGCGGUCGGCGUUGUCGAGCACGGCCAGCCCAAGGUCAUCCAUCUUCUCGACCAGACCAUCGCCGUCCUGCACAAUAACGCCGUCGACCGCCAACACAUCGGGCGAGGCUUUGCCGCGCUACUCAGGCGACUGCAGGAGCAGUGCAAGCCGACCCUCCUGUCGCGCUUCGGCGUGCGUCCGAACGGCCAGGCCAACGGCGAAAAUGGCGAGGGACUCGCGCAAACGCCGGCUGCGAUGAACCAGCCGUCUCCCAACCCCGAAGCUGCCGCCCUACAACCGCCCGCAUCCGCAGAUCCCGCCCUCGCGCCCACUCCCAACGCCGGACCUUCCCUUCCGCCUUCAGCAGCUGCAACACCUGGCGCUGGCGUCGCUACUCUCCCCGCCCUCGGCCUCUCAAUCAGUCCGACACACGCUUCGGCCGGACAAGGCCUCCUCCCUCCCGGCUACAGCUCGCAACACCCCGCCGCGAUCCCCGCUCCCGCCUCGUUCCCUCCGCCGCCCAUGCCCACCUCGUCAACCGCCUCGCACCCGUCGUGGCUCGCGCCGACGCCAACAGGCGAGCAGACUGUCGAGUUUGGCGGCUUCAAGCUCGGUACGGCGCCGCUUGGGGCCGACUAUUCGAAUCCGUUCGAGUGGGACCCGAUGAACCACAGCAUCCAGGUCGGGCACGAGCAGGACCUGCUCUUCCAGAGCUUGUGGGGCACGGGCGCGGCGGGCUUGGGAGCGAGUGGAGACUUUGGGUCUGGGAUCAACCCGGCGCUCAACCUCUUCGGCACGCUCGUUGGCGACGAGUAA